AACAAAAACACAACCAGGCUGUGAGCUCGAGACCUCAAGGGGACUUAUUCAGAUCAACCGAAAUGGAUGAUUUUGAACAGGAGGGCAUAAAUGAAGACCUGAUUGAGUUUGCCAUUCGAGAGAGCAUUCAAGAUGCCUACAAGCUGUCAUGUUCAGUACAAACAAAUAGGAAAAAAACAAAUAGUGUGGACUUUAUGAAGAUUAUGGCUGCCGUUCACAAAGGUGACGUGGAUGCGCUGCAGGAGCUGUCAGGUUGUGUGUCUGCCUUCAGAGAGAGUGACAGCAGGGGUUGGCUGCCUCUGCACGCAGCAGCUGUGCAGCCACAGCCGGAAAUCCUCCACACAGUGCUGCAGGUGUUGAAAUCCACAGACCUGACCUUGGAGGAGCAGACGGAGGAUGGUGACACGGCUCUGACUUUGGCAGCCGAGGCCGGCCAGGCGGAAAACGUCAAGAUGCUUCUGAAGCACGGGGCUUCACCGCACAACACCAACAGCAGGAAUGAAUCACCUCUGCUCAUCGCAGUGAGACAACGCUCAUACGACAUGGUUUUAUCCCUCAUCAUGGGUGGGGCCUUUGUCGAGCAGGUGUGUCUCUCCAAGUGGAGGGCCCUUCAUGAAGCAGCAAAGGUUGGUUGUCCAGCUAUUAUGAUGCUGUUACUCCGACAUGGAGCCCAAAUAACAUGCACAGACGGUCAUGGUGUGACACCCUUGGGGAUCGCAGCUGAACAUGGCAACACUGAUGUUUUAGACAUACUCAUACAGCAUGGUGGUGAUGUGAAUGCCCAGGCAAGCAAUGGCGACACAGUCCUGUAUGAUGCAACCGGAUCUGGAAACCUGGACUGUGUUAAGCUGCUUUUGGGGCACGGAGCCAACCCAAAUGUCGCCAGCUACGCCUGCCAGUUGCCCAUCCAUAGAGCUGCAUAUGAAGGAUACAUACUAAUCCUGAGGACCCUCAUCCCUAUCACCACAAAGAGAGCUAUUCGCCUGUCAGGCCAGAGCCCUGUCCACUCUGCUGCAGACGGGGGACAGGUUCAGUGUCUAGAGCUGCUUAUCCAGAGGGGUUACGAUGUUAACGCCCUGCUACAUACACACAUCUCUGAGAACUAUGGGGACCUCAGGAAGACUCCUCUAUACUUUGCUGUGUCCAACGGUGAUGUGACCUGUUCAGAGUUGUUGCUGGCAGCUGGAGCAAGAACUGACCUGGACCCACUACGAUGCAUAUUGGUCGCUAUACGGGCUGAGAGGUAUGAAUUGGUGCAGCUUUUGCUGUCCUAUGGAGCAGAGGUGAACUGUUAUUUCAGAGUGAUCAGCAACACCAUCUUCCCCACAGCACUCCAGUACUGCCUCAAAGACCACACCAUGCUGCGACUGCUCCUCAACAAUGGAUAUCAUGCUUACAAGUGUUUCCAGUGCGGUCAUGGAGACAGUGAAGAAUUGGAUAGUACCUGGACUGAGCUCCAUAACCAAGCCUACCAGAUUUACAGUCAACCUAAAGUCAUCUCAUUCUGUGAGUUCGUGUCAGUAUCAUGGCUGGGUCACGUGGUAGGAAGCGUUGUAAGGAUGCUCCUGGACUAUGUCAGCCACGUCAGCAUUUGCUCUAAGCUCAGAAAAAUCCUGGAAAAGAGGCCAGAGUGGGAUGAGAUUUCUGACAUACUGGGGAAGCCGCGGUCUCUGCAGCACUUCUGUCGACUGGUAAUCAGAAGUCAUAUGAGCCUCAGGACCCUGAAUGACUCUGAGACUAUGGCUGCAGGUCACAUCCCCCCCAGGCUGAUGAACUACCUGACCUACAGAGAGUACGACCUGUAUGGUGACCUCUUAUGUAUGUGAAAGACAUUUUAUUCCUACCUACUGAAUAGCCAAGUCAAAGUACUUAUUUUACAUAAUACUUUGUUCUCUCAGUUGUUUCUGUAUAUACUGACUGAAUUAGAAACUUUCAAAAACUACCAGUUGAAUAAUGAAUGUUUAGUACAUAAAAUAGAUGUCGCCAACACAGGUAUAGUCAGCUCUCUAAUAAAGAAGUUGAGCAGGUUUUUUUUUUUUAACAACCGCGACCUGGUCAGAAGCGUUUACAGAGAGAGUGCCAAAGAAAUGCUGAUGAACCACAGUGAGUACAAGCCCACGUGGCCCUCCACAGAG